CUCAAAUCUGCACUCACUUGACCCGGGCAGCGCAAGGCAAGGCAAAGCAAGGCAGGGCAGCUCCCGCCCGAGUGCGGGCAGCGCGCCUUGCCCGGGGGGAUCCGGGCCGUGCAGUGCUUCCUGAAGAGCCGACAUGGAUACGAAAUCGUUCAUCCGAAACUCCCUAUGAAGUCCUAGAGCAGGCACAAAUGGAAGGCUCUUUGCAAACCUCCAUUCACGUGUGCCAUGAAAAUGGUCAAUGGAUGUCACAAUUACCAGAGAAGCUCUGGGAUAUUCCGCUCUAUAAUUUAGCUCUUCCAGGGAGUCAUGACACUAUGACCUACUGCUUGGAUAAAAACUCUGCUGUUAGUGGCAAUGAAUCGAAGCUGGUGAAGUUUUUAAGCAAAUGUAUACCCUGCGUUGUGCACCCUGUUAUCAUGAAGUGGUCUACAACACAGGUACUGGCAGUGACAGAGCAACUUGAGGCUGGAGUUAGAUAUCUGGAUUUCAGGAUUGCCCACAAGCCUAAUGAUCCAUCUAUGAAUUUGUACUUUGUGCAUAUGGUUUACACAACUAUUACUGUACAGGAUAUUCUGUGGGAAGUGUUAAGGUGGUUGGAAACUCAUCCUCAGGAAAUUGUUAUCUUAGCCUUCAGGAAUUUUGAUGGAUUAACCAAGAAACUUCAUUGUCGUCUGGUUGCCUGGAUAAAAGAGAUUUUCCAGUGUAAACUGUGCCCCAGAAAUGUGGUGCCAACGCUACGGACCAUGUGGCAGCAUGGCCAUCAGGUUAUAGUCUCAUAUGAAGAGGACAUGGAAGUGGAAGAGCACUGCGAGCUGUGGCCUGCAAUCCCAUAUUGGUGGGGAAACAAAACUUCCACUCGUGCUCUUAUCCGGUUUUUAGAGCGCAUGAAGCAGAUCGGCCGCCCAGAAAAAUUCUUUGUAGCAGGGAUUAACCUUACUGAAAAUUUAAGGUAUAUUCUCCAACACCCAUUUGGAUCACUGAAGAAAAUGACACUCCAGAGUCUUCCAUGCUUGAAAAUCUGGAUAAAGCAGCAAUAUCCAGGACUACAAAAGGAAUGUAUUAACAUCAUUGCUGGUGACUUUAUAGGAAACGAUGAUUUUGUCAAAGAUGUGAUAGAACUUAACACAAAAAUCAAUCCUUCAUUACCCUGUCACAGGAAAGGGGCUGGAACAAGUACCGUUUCAUUCUCACCUUCUUUGUAAAAAGCUGAAAAGGCUUUGUCUGCAUUUAAUGUGUUCUGGUUCAAACAUCCUAGAUCCCUUAAAGGUCCAGUUAACUUAAACCAGGGGUGUUGUAAAGGCUCAGUAAGAAAAGCACUCCCACCAUCAUCAGGGUUUCAAGGCUUUUUCACAGAAAAGAGAGCAGCCAGAUCUUGCUGAAGUCACUAGACUUACUUGGAAGUGCUUAGAUUCUGUAGCAGUUGGCAAUACUGAAAGUCCCAGGAACUUAAUCUUAUUUUAUUUACAUAUGAGCAAGGAGGAGAAAUAUUUUAGUAGCUGUAUGAAUUAUUUUGUGAUAAGAUUUUAUCUUUUUUAUAAUUGUAAAGAUAUUCUGCACUACUUGCAACCCAAACUGUCAGUCUUUUACAUCAGUCUGAAACUGACUUGUCUAUUUUCAUAGUUUGUGUUAAAUAUACAAAAGGAACAAUUUAAAAAUAUUUUUGAUUUUUCAAAGAUGCUGUAUUGACUAUCCUAGUUGACAUAUUUUUAUAUAGAAACCAUUGGAAAUCUAGAAGCUGCUGUUUUGUGCUGCAUAUCAGUUGUGAGCCCCUUUACCAACAGGGUAGUCACAAAAAUAUAAUUUUCAAGAGGUAUGUGUAUUCAUACACUCUUUCUAUCACUUAUGCCAGUUCUGCAGUGAUACAGAUACCAAAACUAGACCCCUACACGGUCUCGUCUGUGGUAAUGAAGUAUGUUUUAUUAGGUGUUGCCAAAAUAUGCCUUACAUUGAAAAUAAACACAUAAGAAACAAAUUCCUUAUCUAAACUCAGACUGCUGUAGAAAUACAGAUUCUUGGCUUCUGUCAUGCUCAUUUGGGGUUCCACACCUGGGCUUUUAUUUGUGUAUUUUAAUAGCUCUAUAAUUAAUUUUCCUCUCAAUAAGUAGUUUUUGCUUGUGUAAAAACCGAGGGGUUUAUGCUGUUUGCCAUUGCAUAUUAAUCCAAUUUUUCUAAUUUUUUAAAUGAACUGUGCAAUAGAUAAUUGUGAAGGUUAAGAGAAAUGGGACUAAAACAGAAACAGGCAUUGUGUAAAAUUCGCUAUGCAGCUUCAUCAAUAUACCUCACGUUUUAGAUGCACUUUAUACACAAAAGCUGAGUUCAAAUGUCUGGCAAGUUUUAAAUGUCUGUCAAGAAAGUUUUAAAUCUACUGCUACUUGACAUCUGUUCAAACUCACUCUAGACUUCUCAGCAUGAAAGGCCAAGAUGCUACCUCCUCACGCAAUGUCUUGCAAUUGCAGAAUAGAUAGAGUAAAAAACCCUAAACAUUCCAUUCAUAAAGACUUUUUAAAUGCUUUUUAUCCUUGUUCCUUACCUCUGUGUACUUCAUACUGAGCAGUCAUCCAGUUCUGAUUUUGAGUCACUGCCUGCAUGAAGUGGUCUGUUACCUAUACUCAGAAUGUUUUUCUGCCUAUCUUUUGUACUCUCAAGUGGCUUGUUACUCUAUCUAAUAAAAUUUGAUCUCUCUGUAAGAUGGA